GCAAUUUCGCUGUACUAACGAACAGACGCGUACACCGCUUGAAGGCUAUCCUGUCUGUUUGUUUAUAAAUCGAACAAUGAUCUUGAAUUGUAUGAUAAACAAAACAAUAAACGUUACCUAGCGUUUGAUCUAUGAUGUGUUUUAAGUUUUAGUGACAGAUUGUAGGAUGUAUAAUAAAUUAUAAGUAUGAUUUUUAUCGAUUUUAAAGAUGUUCGAAAUGUAGAACGGAGCUGUCACCGUGUCUAGGUCAGUUGAUAUGCUUUGACAAGUAUUGUCUAUCUUAUCAAACGGUGCAAUUAUUAAUUCUUGUGAUUCAAUGUCAAUGGCAGAAAACAGAAGUCAAUGAUUUAUGAUUAUCUAUCAGUUUAGAAUUGAUAACAGUUAGUAUUAGACCGCUAUUGUAGCUAAGUGUUUUUGUAGUUUUAGAAAUCUUGUGAAUGUAGCUCAUAAUUACCUUAUAUUAGUGUUGAUUUGUGAAGCCCGGGUUUCUAGAAGUGUGUGAAAGUGCUUUGUUUUCUUUGUGAGACCUAUUGUUAACGGAUAAUUGCUUGUCGUCGAAAAUCAGCAAAAUGUUUGGAGUUUUCAUGAAACGAUGGAAGCCAAAAAGAACAUCAAACGCCGACAGAAAUGAAAGUCCCGAUGCAGAAGGCAACAUAUCCCCCGAGCCUCCCGACCGUCCCCCCGGAAAGGCUCGCCAAGUCCAUCCUGAAGAAAACACUCAAGUCCUCGCCUACGACUCAACUUACAAGAGAAAACCUAAAGCGCUCCCUCUGGAGGACUAUAGUUACAACCAUUUAGCUAACACGAACGUAGCUAUGUCGCCUAUGUAUCCGUUGACACCGAACAUUUGCGUUGAGGGAGGGAAGAUUGAGUUCAUAAAGUCCCCGUCAGGGAGCGCUAGGAACAGUGUGGCGCUAGUGUCGCCCCCGCAGACGCCGGUGGCGAGGCGCGGGUCGAGAGAGAAACGAGAGCGGAUAUAUGACGAGCCGACUGAGAAGUUCGAUGGGGAUAAGGAACUGCUGGAAAGGCGGAUUAAACAGCUGGAGGGCCAGCUAGAAGAAGAGAAGUCGCGGACACAGCGCGAACGGAUGACCGUCACCAAGCUCCAGAACAAGCUGAUUAAGCGCGAGGGAGCGGCGCGCAGCGAUGCGGAGCGCGAACGGCGCGCGCGCAGCGACUGGGAGGCGCGGGCGCGCGCCGCCGAGGCCGACGCGGCGCGUCUCGCCGGCAAGCUGCACGCUGCCCAGCGCGAGAUAUCCAGGAUGGAGGAGACAGUGCGAUCGCUGCUGCAAUACAAGGGCCGCGUGGAAACUCUGAAGCAAGAGAAGGCUUCGCUAUCUUCCGCCCUGGAGGCUUCAGCGGCGCACUACCAGAGCCAGCUGUCUGCGCUGACGGCGGAGAACGAGCGCCUGCGCACGCAGCUAGCGGCGGGCGGGGGGGAGCAUGAGCGGCGGCUCGACGACGUCGCGCAGCAGGUGGUGCGAGCAUUACUGUCACAAAAGAGCGUACGCGAAGAGCUGGGAUGCGCACGAGCACGCGUCCGAGAGCUGGAAGCUCAGAACCGAGCGCUGAGCGCGCUGUUAGUCCGUCAGCUACGCCCCGUCCCGCGGCCCUCGCCCGCCACUCCGCACACCCCGCUCACGCCAGCCAGGGACCUGCAAGUGCAUCUCGUGGACGUCGGCUCCUGCGGCUCCCUUAUCUCGUUCCGUGACUCCCCGCCGCCCCCUCCGCCCCCUCCGCCCGGCCCCGCGCCCGCGCUCUGCCACGACGACAAGCGACGGCACCAGAUACUUGCGGACAUCUGGACUGAGCUCAAGGGCUUGGAGGUGACCCCUGCUAACCUGGCCCGAGCAUUGUCUGCUGUGGACCCGACGCUCUGGGCGGCGCCACCCCGACCAGCCACGUUAAGCCUCAACAUGCCACAAGCCUGUUCAGAUCCUGUUAAAGAUGGAGCAGGAGAUAAGGUGACAGAAGAAGAAAAUUGUGAGACUGGCGAAGCAGGUGCAGAGUCUCCAGAAAGCGGCGCCAAAGAUGAGGGCUACUCCACAAUGUCCAGCGAUGUUCAAGCCGACGCGUCAAGGCAAAGUGACCAUGCGGCGGACAGAGCCCUACCCGACCUUAACGAAGCGUCUGAUGAAACAGAUAAUCAAACAAUAGUAUCCAUAAACCCCAGAGAAUCUCGCCGGCACGCCAGGCUACUAGGAACCGAUGCGGAUUAUAUCUAUUUUCCAUUCGGUGUAGCGUUCGCUGGAGUCCGAGGUAGCUACCCUCCCUCACGACCAGUUUUGCCCUUUCAACACGUUGUGAGAAGUUUCUCCGAUAGUCAUCUCUGUCUGAAAUUACUCGCUGGAACAACAUGCCCGACGAGUUGUCUAGACAGCCCAACGCCUAGUUCAGGCAUGUUAGUUUUAGAUCUAAACCCAGGCCCAGAGAGACCACUAAGGCGACCAGCAAUUGUAUCCACAACGAGUUCUGAAAGAGUCUCGUGGGGAAGUACGGCAGAUGAGCGAGCAGAUGGCUCGCAAUACGAUGCUGACUAUGUUCAACAUUGGCUCGAGUUAGACGAUGCCAGGUCAGCCUUACAACAGCGACAUCGAGAUAUAGCCGAGCUUGAGUACGACAGAGCGGAAUUAGAAGAUUGGAGCUUAUCACUAUCAUGUGAGGAUCUCAGAGACAGACAAUCUCCAUUCGCUGAAAUAACUACACCUGGGCAAAUUUCGCUAUCGACCCUACCGAGUAUAAGAGAAGAUGACGCUUUAGAACUCGAGGAAGACGUAGGAGAUUGUCUAUGGAACGACUGUGGUUUCGCGACAAUCGAAAUUGACGAGUGUAGAAUAGGAGAAGACUUAGAGACAUCUGAAAAGCGAUGGGAAUGUUCCAGAACUCAUUCACCUGGUGGCUCGUGGUCAAGUACAUCAGACGCUCCAGACAAACGAUCAAGCACAGCGCUGAGUGAGGAUGGCGACUGUGCAAACGUAGGGCUUGAUUUCACCCGGGACUUUUAUAGGCUAGUUAAAUAUGAGAGCACAAAGAGCUUAGCAUCAAAUUCUUCAAGAGGUUUACCGACAGCUGACGGCAAUACCCAUUUACGGUUUCACGAUGUUCAAGCGAUGGCAUUGCAAGAUCGAGAACAGGCGCUUCAAAAUGUACUUAAUUUUAUCGCAGAACAGCAAAAGUAUUGCCGUGAUAGAGAGGAAUCUGAUUCAGUGUCUUCAAGACCCGUAUCUGAAAUAAGAGAACUGCCACCUCCAUACGCGGCUGCCGAUUUCGAUGAUGAGUCAAUAGGACCGCGAAGUGAAGUUUCAGAAGACCGUCCCCGACCAGACUCUUUUAGCAGCUUCUCAGAGAACGACUCCUGUGACGUCCUUCCCGAGAGGCCGAGAAUCCAAUUUUGUGAUACCGUAUCCGAGCCAAGGUCUACUGCACGUUUCAUCGAACGUGAAGGUCCUUACGUAGAAUCAGAGGAUUACUACGACGAAUUUACACGAACGGAUAACGAUGAAAAUGAAUUAGAUGAGCAUCACCUUUUAAAAGUACAACGGAAGAACGAAAUCAAUAGGACGAAUGACCUAAGUAAAAUUACAGAUUUAGACAUGUCUGAAAAGUUCGAGGAGGGGUCAUGUGAUAUCGAUUCUAGUCGACCGGAGGAUUUCAAAGAGACUGCUGUAAAAAUAUUGUUGAAGCAAGGCUUGAGCGAGUUGCCAGAACUAGAUACGUGUCUUAUAAAAUCAUCGAGCUUCCCCUUCGCCAACGGCGAGACCGAAGUGUCUUUAGUCGAAGAAGUGCUGAGCGCUUGUAGGCGGAGUACGGGAGCUUUGGUUACCGUUCCCGAAGAGGAGGAGAAUUCAUCUCCCGAAACGGGCUCGCCUCAAAUGACGGAAUCGAAUACGACGAGCACUUCCACUGCCGAAACUGUGAUAGUAAGUAAUAAGGAGAGGGAGAGGCCUAAAGAGAAGAGUCGUAUACCGAUGUUGCUGGGCGGGAAGAGGCCGCCCGCGUCGCCGCGGCGGUCGAAGAUCCCCGUGGUGGAGAAGAAAGGCGUGGCGGCAGCGCCGGAGCCGAUCAUCGUCAAACAGGAGCACACGCUCAGUUUCCAUGAAGCUGCCACUUCUAAGGACGUCAUUGAAGAACUAAACAGAAUGAUCCGUCAGAGCGAGGGCGCCUCAGAAGUGAUGAAUGAAGACCGAGGGCAGGCGCAGAAAGAUGGCGCUCAGUGGGCGCCGACUGGCUGGGUUCAUGUUGAGAAGGACAUCGACUUCAGCGACCCUAAGGCGCGCGCCAACCUGCUGGACGUGAUGCUGGCGUCCAGCGACUCGUCGCCGUCCUCGUGCGGCUCCUCCCCCGCCGAGCCGCCGCCGCCCGUGUAUUCGCGGCUGCACCGCCUGCACCGUUCCCGGAGGCAGAAGACCGCGGCCGCGCUGCGCAGCCGCGGGCUGGGCGUGCUGCGCUGGCCGCGCGCGCGCCGCCCCUCCAUCCUGGGCCGCGACGGCUUCUUCGUGCGCUUCGGCGAGCCCGAGCGCGCCGCCGUCGCCACCUUCGACUUCCUCGAGGACGAGGAGACCAAAGACUGUACCUAUUAGCAAUAACGCGUCCUAAAAACUAUAUUUUUCUAUGUGAUACGGUGACUUAAGUGUAUGUCCGCUUCCGCGUUUGUGCGAGCCAAAUUGUUUUUCUAGUGUAGCGUUGUUGAUUGCUGCACGCGUCCGUGUGGCUGCGGCUUCUUAGACGUUUUACGUAUUUGUAAAUCCAUCUUGAUUUUGCCCCGUUGAUACUGUCUCUGUAUCUUGAAAAUUACUGAAAUGAAUUACUCUGGCAAAAUCAGAAUGGAUAUAAAACACUUACCUACUUUUAGGUGUAGUAAUUUCACUCUUGUAACGUUAACUCGAAACUACGACGAAGCACCUAGUCUUUGAAAUCUUCCUCGUUUUUACUAGUAAGGUAGAAAAUGGGCCGAGUUGUAUGAAGACGUGUUUGAUGUACAAAUUGGUAAAACUUUUACUUCUGUUAAUUCGUAUAACAAAAUCGUACCGCAUUGAAUGAAAUUCACAAUCCUGUUUUGCGUAAUUAUUGUGUUAGAUUGUUUUAUCUGCGUGUAAACGCUUGCAACACAGUUUGUACGAGCGAUAAUAGCUUUUAUUACAAUAGCAAUACGAACGGUUGAUUACUCCCAGCGAUGUCUUGCUUACGCUUCGAACGACUUAGGUAAGAAGACGAAAUAAUUACUUACUAAGAAAAUGGAAAGCUGCGGCCUCGAAGUAAUGUGAUAUUUUUGUAUAUACUGUAAGUCCCACUUAUUUUCGUAUACAUUUAAAUGGAUUCAUUUAUAACCGAACGGAGCGUUUUCAGCUGUUGGUUCUAGGGUGAAAAUAAAAUGUGUUUUCGUGUAGUGUCGUGCGUGGCGGUAGUUGCACGAUAUAGGCUUGAAGUUGUACUAAUACACUAAGAGAUGGCGCUAUUGUCAAUUGCAACUUUUUUUAAACUAAUUAAACGUUGUAUCGUCCAACUAUCGCCACGUAAAUUAACUAUUAGGUACUUAUGUAAAUACUGACGAUGAUUAAUUCGCGUAAUAGUAACUACACCUAUUAAUUAUAAAGAAUAGUCAUCUAUAUUAUAGUGUAACUUUUUAACCUUACAAAAUCCGUUAAAAUCGAAGGGUACUAAAGUAUGUUAAGUGUACAUAAUAUUACUUGUCAUUGAUGCUAUUUAUUGAUUUGUAUCAUUUGCGGGUCUUCGAUCGUUUGUGGUAUACAUAGGUACAUAUCAUGAAUUUCUCGUUUAUAUAUUUAUAUUGGCGUGAUUAUGGCGAUUCUUGACUUGGGAACUGUAAAGGCCACAAUUUGGGUUGCUAUAGCAAACGACUCCCUCUGCAACAUGAAUCUCAAAAGGGUUUACUAAAAAAUGUUAAGCCAAUAAAGCGCCAUAUGCCGAACGUUUGAUAGCGGCGCUGGGAAAUAAUUUCCGGGAUAAAAGUGAUAAAUUGAUAACAAUUUGUUUAACUGAUGGUAAGGUAUGCUUCCCACUUUGCAAUGUGCACACUCAACCAGAAAACAAUACGGUAUUAACAGUUAUAUAUUAUACAUACUUAUAUACUGCAACUACCAAAUUGUUUAUAAAACUCACUAAGUAACAAAUGUAUUAUGGGAGCAAUUUUCCUUUUACCCGCAAAAUCUAAAUGUUUUUUAUCAGUUCAUUGACAACCGUUUUAAAAUACUCGUACCUUAUGCUUUCCGGUUGAUUUGCACAUCAUUGGAUCAAGUCAAGGUACGUCUGUUAUGUUUACUUGCUCGUAAUUGUUUAUAUCUAUAUAUUUUGAUUGCUUAUGGUUGUAAACCUUUGCCUAUUAUGGUUAUUAAAUUGCAUAUGUCCAAAAUCGCGUCUAAAUUAAAAUGAAUUCACCCUACCGCUAAUUUGUAUAGUUUUGCAAAGUGGAUCUAAAUCCAACAAGCAUGUUUUUUAGUGGAUUCUUAGGACGAAAGUCUUGAUUUAUGUCAUUUGGAUCCUUUUAUCUAACUAAACUGUCCGUUUAUAUCCCAGCCUAUCUUACGUGUGAACAAACAAGAUGUCGAUAGAAAUAGAAGUUAUUUUUUGUUUGAACUCGCAGAAAUUGCAGAGAAACAGCGUAACUAGCAAUAACAGUCAAUAAUAUUUAAGUUGCUAUACUAAUAUCUCGUCACACUUUCAUUACAGAUAAUAUGUAGCAAUAUAAAUAUACAAAAUAAAAUUCAUUAGGCGCGUGUGAUACCGCUACCGAAGCUUGUAAAUAAAAGACGGGUCAUUUUAGUAUAGAACUAUUCUAAAUGUAGAUGUCCUAUGAAAUGGAAUCUUGCCUAAUACUAAUCCAAGACCUUUAUUACACUUUGCUUUGAUCUCAUUGGUUGCAAUAUUGCUGACUGGUUGAUUGAAGCACCUAAAGUUCACUUAGGCAAAGUGGAAUAGAGGCUCAAUAGGAUUAUUUUUUCCGAUUACCUCCUAGUUUAUUAGCAUAACAAACAUUUUCACGAAAGCCACUCGUUAAGCACACACAGUUUCAGUUAAGGGACUUUGCUAUAAAGUUUCAAAACGAAUUUACUACUUUCGUUGCUAUACCUUCAAUUUACAAUUUGACAUUUCACUUCACAUAGGUGAAUAUUUUUUGUAACUUCGUUUGUAUACUUUUGAACCAGAUUCCCUGGUUAAAUUACCCCAGCCUUGUUUAAUGGUUAAUAUGGAAGACAAUAAAGGAAGAUUUAUACCUAUUAUUAAUUAUUAAUAAAUAUAAACGAAGCGAAACGAUCGAUAUCUAAAAUAUUAACUUAUUAGUAUAGGUUACCUACAUUAUUGAUACGAUGUAUUUGGUAUUCUGUAAAUCCGAAUUGGACAGGAAUCGUCUGUAUAUACAUUUGGGUACAUAAUUAAUGUCAUUACCGGGUCUAACACGAUUAAAUUUCAUUAUUUUACCUUUUUCCGACGAAACAAACAUUAAAGAAACGGAAACAGAAACGGGUAGAUAAAUUUAUUUGUCUACCCCGAACAUUUAUAUAAACUAAUGUCGGGUAGUGUAGUGUUGUUUACCAAUAUCUCAAUUGACAUUUUGCUGGGACGUUAGUCUUCCAUGACCACAGCUUAGCUGAACCGUCGGAAAAAAGGGAAAAUGAUGAAAUUUAAUCACGUUAGACCCGUUAAUAACAUUCAUUAUGUGUACAAAACGCGAGAGUUUAAAGUGUUAUGUACAUUUGGGUAUUUACUAAUUAAUAGUUAUUACGAUUAUACAAUUGAGAAGUUUUUGUAGAGAACCGAACUAUUAAAAAUAUCAGUUUAAUUUCAUAUUAUCGUCCUCGUCCAUGUUGGGUGUGGUAACCCUGUGUUUGAUUUAUCAAUACAUACCUAAAAAUAGUAAUGUUAGUAAAGUUUGAUAACAUCUAUGCAAUUUACCUCCGGAAAUUAAGUAUGUAACUACAAUUGUUUGCGUUAAAAUUACGGAAAAUAAUGUAAACCUGGUGGUUAUUUUUUGUCUCGACUGAAAAUAAUGUUGAAACAUGUCAUAACAAUUCUUAUUCCUUGUAUUGAAAUAUUUAAGUGAAACGGAUCCAACCUACAAAAUAAUGAUAAUUUAAAAUUGUUUAAAAAAAAGGUUAAAUAUAAAUUGAUAUUGUUUACGAAUAAUUUGAUCCUUUUCGCUAAAUUAUUUAUAUCGCGAUUAUUCAGAUGUACCUACUUACUUUCCUAUUUCUUUCAUUCCUAUCCAUAGUUGUUAAUUGUCAUGUAAAAUACAUAGUUGAAACGAAUUGGCAUAUUUAUUUCAUAAUAAAAUCGUAUUAUAACCAUUGUAUUCAUUAUAAAUAAUCGUAGGAUCCAAGAGGUACUGUGAUUGGUAACUACCACUUAAUUUUGGAGCACAAUUCGAAAUAAUUGAAAAUUUAAUAUAAAUUAUUCCUUGGUAUUCGGUGCAUUUGUUCGUACAUUCUAACCUAAGAAAUAGAAUACUUGAGAUAGGUAGGUACUUUGAACAGUACAAAAAGUGUAGAAUAACUGUAUAAUUUAACUAUAACAGAUGGGUAAUAAACGAUUCCGUUCCCAAUUGA